AGCGUAUGGUGCUUGUUCAUUCGUGUCUAGUACUUUCUUGAACCAAAUUGGGUUCUUUGCACUUGCUGUUCCUUGGUGUGCAUCCCUUUUGCGGUUGUGCCUGUGCGCAUGCGUAGAUCGGUGUCGAAUCCGAUUGGCGACGGACGACAAUAUAUGGAGAACUUGGUAUCACGUGUUUGCUUUAUUGUUGCUUUCACUUCCUUCGGUGAAAAUGUCCCUCUGAACUUGAACUGCUUGUUCUUGAGUUUUAUUCCGUGAGGAAAUGCUAUCUUCAUGGUGGCCCGGCAAAUGCGAUGAAAUUGAAAACUCUCAGGAUCUACUGCUGCGACGACUGGCGGAUUCGUCCGUGCCGGCGCGCUAGUGUGAAGAUCUUCGCAUAGAAGCAGAACCUAAUAUCG